GGCUUGAGAAAUGACCUGAAAGCUGCUUUGGAUAAGAUUGACCAGCAGUAUCUGAAUGAAAUCGUAGGUGGCCAAGAAGCAGGAGACGAUGACUCACAGAAUGACUUGAAAGUCCAUGAGGAGAAUACAACUAUUGAAGAACUGGAGGCUUUGGGAGAAUCCUUAGGACGGGGUGAUGAUCACUAUGAUAUGGACAUCAUAACAAAGUUCUUGAAGUUUCUUCUUGGAGUUUGGGCUAAGGAGCUGAAUGCCAGAGAAGACUAUGUGAAAAGGGGAGUACAGGGGAAGCUGAACAGUGCCACUCAAAAGCAGACAGAAUCAUACCUGAGGCCACUCUUCAGAAAACUUCGGAAAAGGACGCUUCCUGCAGACAUCAAAGAAUCAAUAACGGAUAUUAUUAAAUUCAUGUUGCAAAGAGAAUAUGUGAAG